GUUUGUGAUUCCAUGGGGCGGAACUUGGCUGGGCCUAAACUCAAUCCGCGGUCCCCGACCGGUUUCAGGGCAAAGCUGCCAUGCCUUCCGGGGGCCGCGGUCGACCCCGGUUACGGCUCGGGGAACGUGGCCUCACGGAGCCACCCUCAUUGCCCAAGCGCCGCCUGCUACCGCGGGUGCAGCUGUUGCCCGUGCUGCUGCUGACGCUGGCCGUGGGCUCCGCGUUCUACAUCGUCUGGAGCAGCUGGCACCACGGGACUGAGGAGCUGUCGCGGGGCCGGCAGCUGCGGGCCCCGCCGAUUGGAAGCCUCCCAGAAGACAGGCUGCGACGGGUGGUGGGGCAACUUGACCCACAGCGUCUCUGGAGUACUUACCUGCGUCCUCUGUUGAUUGUGCGAACCCCUGGCAGCCCAGGCAAUCUCCAAGUCAGAAAGUUCCUGGAGGCCACGCUGCGGACCCUGACAGCAGGCUGGCAUGUAGAACUGGAUCCCUUUACAGCGUUGACGCCCCUGGGGCCACUGGACUUUGGCAACAUAGUGGCCACGCUGGACCCAAGGGCUGCCCAUCACCUCACCCUUGCCUGCCAUUAUGACUCGAAGCUCUUCCCUCCUGGGUCAGGCCCCUUUGUAGGGGCCACGGAUUCGGCUGUGCCCUGUGCCCUGCUACUGGAGCUGGCCCAGGCCCUUGAUCUGUUAUUGAGCAGGGCCAAGGAGCAGGCAGCCCCGGUGACACUACAGCUGCUCUUCUUGGAUGGUGAAGAGGCGCUGAAGGAGUGGGGACCCAAGGACUCUCUUUAUGGCUCCCGGCACCUAGCCCAGCUCAUGGAGUCCAUACCCCACAGUCCUGGCCCCACGAGGAUCCAGGCUAUUGAGCUCUUUGUGCUUCUUGAUCUUCUGGGAGCACCCAACCCAACCUUCUACAGUCACUUCCCCCGCACUCUCCGCUGGUUCCACCGGCUGAGGAGCAUUGAAAAGCGUCUGCACCGUCUGAACCUGCUACAGUCUCAUCCCCAGGAGGUGAUGUACUUCCAGCCCGGGGAGCCUCCUGGCUCUGUGGAAGAUGACCACCUCCCCUUCCUCCACAGAGGGGUCCCUGUGCUCCAUCUCAUCUCCACGCCCUUCCCCACCGUCUGGCACACACCUUCUGACUCCGAGGCCAAUCUCCACCCACCCACGGUCUACAACCUGAGCCGCAUCCUCGCUGUGUUCCUGGCCGAGUACCUGGGGCUCUAGCCUGCUGGUUUUCGGCGGACACAACAUCUUUGUUUGUAUGCGGUGCUGAGGAUCGAACCCGGGCCGCACGCAUGCCAGGCGAGCACGCUACCGCUUGAGCCACAUCCCCAGCCCCCGGAAUGGCAGUCUUGCUCCUGCUCUAUCUCCCCAGGGAGGCCCACAGAGGCUGGGCUCAGACAGAACAGAGAUGGAAGCCAAGACCUCAGCGCUCCAGAUCUGCCUGACCCAAUGGGCAACAAACCAGAGUUUUAAAUGGAUCAGAGAUCAAGCUAGUGGGGUGGACAUUGUAUGCGUUUCCUCACUGCACAACUUGAAUUCUCCACAGUAGGACAGAGAAUGCAGUGGUUCCCAAAGUAUCUCAUCUUGGAGCCCCAUAAUUAGGAAGCACCGCACAGAACUAGGUACUUCAUAAGAUAUUUUGGGAAACGCAGGGAUUGGAAUGUUUGAGAGGACUUACGGCAGGAAUGGAUCAGACACACCUAGAAUUGCUCCACUAGUUAUACCAACCCAUUGUCACCCACGAGCAUGUAGGAUGGUGGGUAUUACUGAGGACAGUGAGGAAGAAUCUCCAGCCCCACCUAAUCUUCAUGUUCAGCUAUGCAACUUGUUAAAAAGGCAGACUUGCAAGCCCCACCCCAGACCUACUGAGCCAGACUCAAGGGAGGGGGUGGGAUUCUAACAACCUAAGGGAGUCUCUCAGCAGAGUUUGGGGCACCCUGUCUUUAAGGAUGCUGCUUGGUGCAUGCAUAGCAACUUAGGAAACCUACUCAAAAGAAAACUCUAGAUGCAAGGGCUGGAAUUGUGGCUCAGUGGUAGAGCGCUUGCCUAGCAUGUGCGAAGCCCUGGGUUUGAUCUUUAGCAUCACAUAAAAAUAAAUAAAAUAAAAUAAAGAUAUGUGUCCAACUACAACUAAAAAAUAAAUAUUAAAAAAAAAAAAGCCCUAGAUGCAGGGAGCCACAUGGGGGUGCAGCUCGCUGGCAGAGCACUUGUCUAGCGUGUAAGGCCCUGGGCUCCAUCCCCAGAAGACAAGAUGGAAGGUUAUGCCAGACACCUAUAAUCCCAGCGGCUCAGGAGGCUGAUCAAACGUUCAAAGGCAGCCUCAGCAACUUAGCAAGGCCCUGUCUCAAACUAAAAAAUAAAAAAGGCUGGGAAUGUAGAUCUUUGGUCAAGUGCCCCUGGGCUCAAUCCCUGGUACCAAAAAAAAAAAAAAAAGAUGGAAGGUUAUUAAAUGAGGAAGGUGAACUUGGGCCUUCCAAGUCAACUCAGUGAUGCAGAAGACUCCAGGGAACACCAGGGCUGAAACUCAAGAUAUCAAAUUAGGGAGGAAGGGGCUGGGGAUGUGGCUCAAGCGGUAGCACGCUCGUCUGGCAUGCGUGUGGCCUGGGUUCGAUCCUCAGCACCACAUACCAACAAAGAUGUUGUGUCUGCCAAUAACUAACUAAAUAAAUAAAUAUGUUUUAAAAAAAAAAAAAAAAAAAAAACAAAUUAGGGAGGAAACCAGAAGGUCCUCAACUUAGAUUCUUCUAGUCACUGACAUAUAUUGGGUACCUACUAUGUGCUGGGCACAAGCAAUUUACUUACAUCAGCUCAUUUAGUCUGCCCCCAAACCCUGAAGUAGGUACAAUUUCAGUCCUCAUUUUGCAGGUGAGGUGCCUCAGAGAAUUGUGAACCAGUUGUUUGGAGAGACCUGUUUCACAUGCAGCUGUGAUUCCAAGGACCCCUGUAUCCUUGAAACUCCUGUGUCCUCCCUUCUCCAUGUCACCUGUGCUGGAUGUGCUAGAUGACUAGUUUGCUGGAAAAAAGUAGCAUGUGGCUUUUAAAUGGCUCUAUGAACAUUUUUGGCUUGAAUCCAGGGUAAGGACUAUGAGACCCAUUUUACAGAUCAGGCUGCUGAUGCUUGGCAAGCUUGUGUUUCCCCAGAUUUCCAGGCCAGUAAGCCCUGCAGCUCCCACGCACACUCACACUUGGGCUCCCUCAGCUUCACUCUAUGAAGGAACCAUAGGUGUACAAGUUUUGAGCACUUACCAGUUUCCUGAGGAAUUGUUGGGACAGGCUGAGCAUCCCUAAUCCAAAAAUCUGAAAUGCUCUGAAGUUCAAAACUUUUUGAUUACUAACACCACAUGUGGAAAAUUCCACCCCUGACAUCAAGUGACAGGUUGCAGUUAAAAUGCUGGUGAACUAAAAAUGUAUAAAAUCACCUUCAGAUUCUGUGUGUAAGGUAUAAAUAAAGCAAAUAAGUUUUGUGGGC